AUGGCCAGUCUCAUCGCAAUCCUCGACCUCAAAGGAAAACCACUUAUCCAGCGUUCAUAUCGCGACGAUGUUCCCCCUUCUUACAUAGAACGUUUUCUGCCUCUCGUUCUCGAGAUCGAGGAAGAGGGUCAACAGGUUACCCCAUGUUUCUCCAGUCAGGGCGUCAACUACAUGCACAUUCGCCAUUCAAACCUAUACCUACUCGCCAUGUCCAAACGCAACAGCAACGCAGCAGAAAUCAUCAUCUUCCUCCACCGCCUCGUCCAAGUCCUCAUCGAAUACUUCAAAUCGCUGGAAGAAGAGAGUAUACGCGACAAUUUCGUGAUCAUCUACGAACUUAUGGACGAGAUGAUGGACUUUGGAUACCCACAGACGACGGAGAGCAAGAUUUUGCAAGAGUAUAUCACCCAGGAGUCGCAUAAACUCGAGGUCCAGGUUAGACCGCCCAUGGCUGUUACCAACGCCGUGUCUUGGAGAACAGAGGGCAUCAGAUAUCGCAAGAACGAAGUCUUCUUGGAUGUUAUCGAGAGCGUUAAUAUGCUGGUCAAUGCCAACGGCAACGUGGUUCGCUCAGAGAUCUUGGGAGCAGUCAAGAUGAAGUGCUAUUUGUCUGGAAUGCCAGAGUUGAGGCUGGGUCUCAACGAUAAAGUCAUGUUCGAAAGUACUGGUCGAACUGCGCGAGGCAAAGCCAUCGAAAUGGAAGACGUUAAAUUCCACCAAUGUGUCCGCCUAUCGCGAUUCGAAAACGACCGUACAAUCUCGUUCAUCCCACCAGAUGGUGAAUUCGAACUGAUGUCCUAUCGUCUCUCAACACCGGUGAAACCGUUGAUUUGGGUCGAAGCUGCGGUUGAGAGUCACCGUGGCAGCAGGGUCGAGUAUACCGUCAAAGUCAAGGCCCAUUUCCAACGACGGAGUACAGCCAAUAAUGUCGAGAUUUACGUCCCUGUCCCCGAUGAUGCUGAUAUUCCCAAGUUCAGGGCUGCCACUGGCACCGUCCAAUACGCGCCCGAUAAGUCUGCGUUUGUUUGGAAGAUCAAGCAGCUUGGAGGUGGUCGCGAGUUCUUGAUGAGGGCUCAUUUCGGCUUGCCCAGUGUCAAAGCAGAAACUGAUAUGGACAAGCGUGCACCGAUUACUGUCAAGUUUGAGAUUCCGUACUUUACGGUUUCGGGGAUUCAAGUGCGGUACCUCAAGAUUGUUGAGAAGAGUGGGUACCAGGCUCUGCCUUGGGUGCGAUAUAUCACGCAGAAUGGAGAUGAUUAUAGUUUGCGUACUGCAGCGGAGAGGACGGCUGGUUCUUCUGUUCCUAUGUAG